AUGUCUUGGAAUACAAUAGAAUCAGAUGCUGGUGUUUUUACACAGUUAGUGAAGGAUCUCGGAGUAAAAGGAAUACAGUUUGAAGAUGUUCCCGUGCUAGAUAUGCUAGAAGAGUUAGGAUCGUCGUUGUAUGGGGUCAUCUUUCUAUUUCAAUAUGAUCCUAAAAACUACUCCAGAGAUGCUCCCAUUCAGGGUGAGUAUUCCUACGAUUACCCUGAUUCACUAUUUUUUGCACAGCAAACCAUAUCGAACGCAUGUGGAACUCAGGCAGUAUUGAAUACACUUUUGUCAAUAUACGAAUCCAAGUCCGAUUCUGUUUCUCUGGGCGAGACAUUAACUUCCUUUCUUGACUUUACGUCAGCUUUUAAGGAUGCGGCACUACGUGGAGAAACCAUCUCAAACUCCGAGCAAAUAAGAAGCGUUCACAAUUCUUUCUCAUCUCCCGAUCCAUUUGUGAUGGAGGAUAAAAGACAACGAGAUUCAGGUGCAGAGACUUCUGAAGUGUUCCAUUUCGUCGGGUUCAUUCAACAUAAUGGAGAAAUAUAUGAAUUGGAUGGCUUACAGCCUGCUCCAAUUAUCCAUAAGGAGUUUGGAAAAGGAAACGAAGACGCUAUCCUUUUCCCCUCAAAUAUGGCACAAUUAUUACAACAACGGAUAUCAAAAAUAUCUGGUAUUGAUGGAAAGUUUUCAGUGAUUGCAAUUAUAAAAGAUGUAAUAGACGAUCUGAACACUAAACUCCAGGGAAAUUUAAUUACAGAAUAUGAGUAUCAGUCAAAAAUCAGUACUGAGCUUGAGAAACGUGAUGCGUGGGCGAAAGAAAUCGCUUUGAGGAAGCAAAAUCUGUAUGGUUUGGUUUAUGACUUAUUGAAACAAGUCGGUGCUUCCAUGAGCGAUCGCGAAUUUCAAGAGCAUGUAAAACAGGCCCAGAAAGCAACCAUGGCAAGAAUAACGAAAAAGUUUAGCGAAAACCCUAACUAA